UCUCAAGGCCGGCCCUAAACCCCUCCCUCCCUCGAUCCCUCCCUUUUGCUGCCCCCUCCACCGGCGCGAUGACAUCUCAAAGGAAAAGCCGCGGCGGGGGGAAGCCGGCCGGUGGGUUCGGGUUCUCCAUCGCCGGCGACAAGCGCAAGCGUUUGGCGGAGUACCCCUGCGUGUCGCGCCUUCGGCAGCGGCGACUCCUGAUGUUCCUCUUGAGUCACAAAUUCACCCAAACCCUUCGAACAUUCACUGGCGAGACGGAUGCGUUCAUGGAUGCGAUCCAUCUGCACAAACUGGUACUCCACGGCCAGUGGAGCGAGGCCAUCAAAUAUCUCACCCGCUUCCUGCCGUCCGAUCAUCCGCUGGGCGUCCACGGCCGCGCCCUCUGCCACUUUCUCCGCGUCCACAAAGCUAUCGAUGACAUCGUCUCCGGCAAAAAGGAGGCCCUCUCCGUAACAGCAGCAGUCAGUCUGUGCUUGGACCGCUUCUUCACAAGCAGCCCUGCCCUCAGUCCCUCACUAAGCUCCGCGCCAUCUUCUCGUCCCUCAUCGAGUCCAAGUCACUUAGGGAUUCUGUGGACUUGAUUCGCGUGAGGUGUGAGGCAUCGUCGAUCAUGUAUGAUUUGGUUAGUCAGACUUCAGAGUUGAAAGACUAUAUGCGCCCCUGCCGCGGGUCAAUGAAUCCCCAGAACGUACUUCCCCUCGGAUUUGGCCACGCUAGGCAUGCUACUGACCCCUCCCAAUUUAUUGGCUCGAUUCCUUACUAGCCUGUGACUGUUAGUUUGAUUGCCACAUCGGCUGUAUUUUACUAGUUUAUGUCCGAGGCGCCGCGUGAAGAAACAGGGCGGCCAUGUCCCGCCGUCUGUGCUUGCCGGGCUUUAUCUUCAGAAGAAGAAGAUGCUGCCCUCUUUGACUUCAAGUAAUCACUUUCAGGAGUUAACUCGUGAAGCUUCAGUUAAGGCUAAGGAAUGGCUGGUGGAACUUGUUGGUAGAAGUGUGGAAGCUGGUAAGCCGCGUCAAGCUGAUCCAGUCCAAUCAACAUCUAGCAAAGGCGCUCCUGACCAGCAGACUAAUUUUUUCACUGCCCCAAGGCUCUGUGGAAAUUCUCACACCAAAGUGCCGACCAAUCUUGUUAUAUUAAAAGAAGCAAAGGAAUGGCUGCUGUAUCUUUCUGAGGAGUGUCUGGAAGCCUGGCCGGAUGCGCGUCAAGGGUAUCCACUUCAAUAUUCGAGUGCUCUUUCCGCUAGUCUCAGAGACUAUGCCGGAUAUCUUGACAAGGCAUGCUGAAAAUUCUUUGAUUUCAUCAGUCUCAAAAGAAGAUGCCUUUCAUGCAUGCCAAAGGAAGUUCCAGCAUUGCAAGGCAAAUCAACAAUGCUAUAGAAGGUAUAACCAUAUUCCCUGACAUGAUCUGGUCCUGACAUAAGGCACAAUUGUAAUCUGGGAUGAAGAAGUCUUCACAAUGGAGCAGAUUUGAAGUGUUGACUUUGCCUUCAAGGAGAUGCCAAAAAAUUCCUUCAACUGGGCACCCAGGGUGUCAGGAGAUUUCCAAUGAGGAAUGAAUAGAGUAAUUUUAAUGUAAAAUCAGAAAAUGAGUUGGAAUGGCAUACCAUUCAAAUAGAACUCUGCAAUACAGAAGGUAAUUCAACAUUAUAGUAAUACUUAUGGGCUAAUUGCCUAAAUCUCAGUGUGAAUUAUCAAACAAUAUAUGCUUCCUCAAAAUAAUAACGAGAAAGCUAACCUCCAGCCGGCAGGAAUUAUGCGACAGAUCCGCACGUCUUGAUAUCCGUGGUGGGGCAGGGCAGUUGGUCUUCCUUGAUCACACCACGCGUUUUCCGCUGUUGACCGAUUCCUGCGGUUGUUUCUCUAGCAAGUUGCAGAUGGCUUGGUCACAGUACGAGUGCUACAGUGCACACUGUCAUGCCUUUUGAGUUUUUCACUAUAAAGUGUACUGUAGCAUCCUGCACAUGAGCCAGUUCCUGUCUCCAAUGCAUGCAUAUGCAUGUAUCAAGCUACAGUUUUUUUUAAACUCUACUAGAAAAAUACUAUUUUCAUGGGCAUGAUGAGGCAAUGCACACACUAGCACCUCUUAUAACAAACUCAACUUUUGUUAGUUAUUGACAGUUUGGACAAGACACAUCAAUUUAAGUGCCUAAGUUUAUUAUACUUAUGAUAAUCGACAAGCUAAAAUCCGAACCACCUCAUUUUUGCAACAAAUCUGAACAAUCUCAUCGUCGUCAAGUCGAGAAAAAUAAAGGUGCAGGAAGAAGGAUCAAAGACACGACCUAUUGGAAUGAGGUGCAUGGAGCUAGCCAACUCAACCACCAUUAGUUGUUCUCAAUAGUGUUCAGAUCUUGCUUAUACCACCAUCAUGCUAACUUCGACACGGAGAGGAGGAGUUAACAAAACGUACCCCGAUAGCCUACGUGUAAAUAACAUGGUAAUAAACACACCGUAGACCUGAUAACUUACGUACAAACACCACGGUAACUAUUUUUUUUUUAAACCUGAUAUCUUCGGUGUAGAUAACUGGUAAUAUACGCACAACCAAGCUGGUAACUGGCGUACAAACAUCACAUUAACUUUUUUGACUCGGGAAAAAGUUGUUCAAAAAUAUACCAUCGGUAUUUUCUGUGUAAAUAGCAUGUAACACAUGCACAACAUAGUUGAUAACCCACGUACAAACACCAUGAUUUUUUUGUUGUUGAAACAUCUCUAGUAGUGUUAUGUGAAUAACAUAGUCAUCAACGUAUUGCGGACUUGAUAACUUACAUACAAACACCUUGAUAAAUCACACAUUGCAGACCUGAUAAUUUAAGUACCCCGGUUCUGAUAACUUGAGGGGGGGGGGGUUGAUCAAGUAUCCCUCGGUACCUUUAGUGUGAAUAGCAUGAUAACUCACACAUCAGAGACCCGAUAACUUAUGCACCCUGGUUCUGGUACUUUUCUCGAGGGAGGGGUGAUGAAAUUUACCCCCGGUAACUUUUAUGUGAAUAGCACGGUAAAUCACACAUCGUAGACCUGAUAACUAUUGUACCUCAGUCUUGGUAAAUUUGGUGACUGGGUAGGGGGAGGGUGGUUGAUGAAAUAUACCAUUGGUAACUUUUAUGUGAAUAAUAUGACAACUCACACAUCUCAGACAUGUGCUCUACUGCAUUUGCAUGCAGAGAGGAUGUUGGCGGAGCCAUUUUUAUGCCCCGGUAAUUUCCAUGUAAACAAGAUGGUAACUAGUGUACCACGUAGGCGAUAACUUAUUUAGACUAGGUCUGAUAAUUUUUGACCCAAAAAAAGUCAUCGAAACAUACCGACAUGGGAUGUAGUUUUGGAGGUCUCAUCGCGACGAAUAUUUUAUGUGAAAACGAUUUUUUCAAUCGGACCAGCGGUUUAAGCUACAAAACAUUUUGAAGUUUCGUUUCUAAUGAAAUCUUUGAUGACACCAUCUUUUCUUCUUACCUACAUGGAUGCAUUGUUAAUUGGGUGCAAUACGUGCGCUCCAUGCAAACAAAAGAGAUAUGCAUGCGAGAUUGCACCGAGAUGUAAUCGUCCGCAUCUCUUGCUAAAAUCAUGCCGUACGGAAGUUAGUCGCUUAGUCGCGUCCAAAUAAUAAUAAUAUGUAUGAUCACUUGGGAAAGUCAAACGGACGAUUAAAUGAAGACAAAGAUUUAACAAACCUCAUCAAAUGUUGCAAUGCCUUGUGAAUGACCUACACCAACCACCAAGAAACAACAUCAAAAUAGGUGUUGAUGAUAAAUGUUUUAAAAGAUGUUCUAAUUUAGCGUUAUGCGGAAUAAAGCUUAAGAAAAAGAUCCUAACAUUUAACAACAACAACAACAACAAAGCCUUUAGUCCCAAACAAGUUGGGGUAGGCUAGAGGUGAAACCCAUAAGAUCUUGCGACCAACUCAUGGUUCUGGCACAUGGAUAGCAAGCUUUCACGCAUCCUUGUCCAUGGUUAGUUCUUUGGUGAUGCUCCAAUCCUUUAGAUCUCUCUUUGUCGACUCUUUCCAUGUCAAGUUUGGUCUACCCCAAUCUCUCUUGACAU